CAUGUUGAAUUCGCCCAACAGGCAAAGUAGUUCCCAGGGUCUCGUCCUUUCUCAUUGACAGAAAGAAAGAGCAAAGACUGGGAAUGACAGUCUUAUCGGUGGAGGAAAAAAUCAUGAAUGCCCGAUCGCAAGUGUUUGAAAUGUCUGUCGAAGGAAGACAGAUCGAAGAAGUAAUCUUGAGUAUAUUCCACUCGAUUUUGCUUCAUAGAACGUCUGGCAAGUUUAGCUACAAAAGAGAAGGAUCUUAUAGCAUUGGAACCGUGGGAAUGGUGGAUGUGGAUUGUGAUUUUGUAGAUUCUACCUAUGUUCGCGUAGAUUCGGAUGAUUUACACCGUGCCUUGAAACGACAAGUUGCGGAAUUUAGAGAGUCCCUUAAGAGUCCCGAACGUCUGAGGAGCGGGCAGAUAUCUCUGGAAUUUUAUCAGAAAAAGAAAGCGCGUUGGCCGUUUGGAAUGGAAAAUAUCCCUUGGGAAAUUUGGACGGUGAAAUUAAAUGUCGUCACCCUUGCUAACGAACACGAAAGGCAGAUUUGCCGAGAAAAAGUUGGUGAAGCUCUUGCUGAAAAAAUAAUCUGUAUUGCUGGAGUCAUGAACAGGCCGGAAUACGUGCCUAAAAUGCCAAACCAAUCAGACGUUGCUAAUGUUUUUGACGUGAGUUUCAAAGACGUUCAACCUUAUCUCCAUAAAUUUAGUUACCAGGCUUCCGAUCAACCGUCACAGUCAGUUGGAACAACAAUGAAGAGACUUUUACUAGACACAUUUUCCUAUUGAGAUACCCAUCACCCCCCCCCCCUGCCCCCCUUAAAAAAAAAAUCACUGGUUUGAAAGUUGUUACCAUGGAAAAUGAUAUGUAAAAUUUUCUGUCACCUUGUUUUAUUCAUAAAUUAAAAGAGGGAUAAAUUUCAUGCUGAGAUUGGUUGAAGUUCAUUAGGCGUCAAUGGAAUAAAGCUUUAUUCAAAAGUUGUUCACACGAAGAGACAAUCAGCUAUAUUUAUUUGAUUAUACAAAACUCCAACUUUUCCCUUGCUCAAACCAGUUCAAUUAAGUCAAUGGGAGAAAUCAUGAUCUUAAAUACAUUUGUUCUUGAUUAUGAACACUGAUUCUUUAAUAUAAAUAUGUACUUCAUAUUGGAAUGUGAUACCGUAUCAGAGGACUUAUCACUGGCUGUUCCAGGACUUACCUCUGGCUAGCCAGCCUCAAAACAUCUGUAUAAAGCGUAAAGUCUCUUUAUGAUAUACUACAUACAUAACAUGAUAUAUCUGGUGAGCCCUCGGAGACCAGUAAAGCUAAACAUAAGAGGUUUCUGGCUCAGACUGGAUCAACUUGGACACUGAUUAAAUAAUUGGUAUAAGAAUUAAAACUAUUCAAGAACAAGGUAUAAACGAAAGUUGUUCAAUUCUUAUUUGAAUCAGUGAUCCGAGUUGAUCCCAUUCAAGUGUUGUACCAGUCCAAAGGUUUGUGUGUUAUGUAACAGAGGGGACUGAUAGGUGAUUUGUAAUAAUUAAAUAUCAUUGUUAUAUAA